GGCUGCGACACCCAGCUGGGCGGAGCCAGGCCAUGGCGACCGCAGAGCCCGGCGGGCUGGCGAUGAGGGCUGCCACCCCCGGAGCCCGGCCUGGCGGGGCCUCAGGGCACGCGGCAGGAGCUGUGGGACCGCCCUCCGGGAGGAGCGCCAGCGGAGCCCUCCGGCUGGGGGAGCAUACCCCUGCUACAAUGGAGAAGCGUGGACCGUACAUGGUGACGCGCGCGCCGUCCAUUCAGGCCAAGCUGCAGAAGCACCGGGACCUGGCCAAAGCUGUUCUGCGGAGAAAAGGCAUGCUGGGUUCCUUGCCGAACCGCCCCGACUCUUCAGGGAAAAGGUCAGUGAAGUUUAACAAGGGCUAUACUGCUCUUAGCCAGAGUCCAGAUGAAAACCUGGUGUCCCUUGAUUCUGACAGUGAUGGGGAGCUGGAAUCCAGAUACUCUUCCGGGUAUUCCUCUGCAGAGCAGGUAAACCAGGAUGUGAGCCGGCAGCUGCUACAAGAUGGGUAUCACCUGGAUGAGAUUCCAGAUGAUGAGGACUUGGACCUCAUUCCCCCUAAGCCUAUGGCCUCCUCCACAUGCUCUUGCUGCUGGUGCUGUCUUGGGGAUUCUUCCUGUACCCUCCAGUAGCCAUAAUUCUCCAAGGUGGACCCUGCUCACCACGAGGCCUACAGAACUCUGUUGGCCCUUCAUAGCUCAGAGUGCAGUGAGAACUGCUGUCAGUUCACAAUCAGUGGAGGCACUGACUCUCUGGGAAGGUCCAUAACCUGCAGGAGAGCCCUCACCUGGUGCUUCUCAGGCCAGAGCCCCACCUCCAAUCUGGGUGAUGAGGGGAUGGAUAGAAUUCUGCAGUUUUCCUCUGUUGUUGGAGCAGUUUAGAGAAACUACUUUAAUAAGGGCAGAAACAGGAUUUUUGACUAACAGGUGGCUAAGAAAACCAAUUGCAGAGAUCUUUAUUGGUAUUUGUCAUGGUGCUGUAUGGAAGAGGAAAAGAGAGCUUUUGAGUUCAGGCUGUGCUGUAGAUGUGUGGAGGCAGGAGACACCACUUUACAGCCUGUAGCCAGGAAUUUCAAAUUUUUAACUGAGACCAGUACAAAGAAUUCUGUGUUUUCCUCUUCUUCCCAACUCUAAGGUGGAUUAAGGAAGCACUGAUGUGGGAAUGUGAGGCUGCCUUUUGGGCAGCAAUUAUUUCUGUUCCAUAUCCUGGCUUAUAAUCCUCUCCUCUAUUCUCUUGUCUUACCAAGACAGCAAAGUAAAUCCCUUUUGUCCUCUUCAUAUUACAUCUGUCCGGCUGUGGCAGUAAAUAUAACAGGUUGCUUAAUGACACAUCAGGAUCAUGGCUUUCAGAAUUCCUGAACCUGGGGGACACUGUACCAGUUCAAUGUCUGUGUAAGUUUAGUAACUCAUUCAGCCCUUCCCUAGAGAAAAACUGGUCCAUCAUGUACAUAUUCAUUCAUUUAUAUUUCCUUGGUCUGAGCUAGCUUCUCCACCCAGUCUUUGAGCUGGAAGGUUGGCAUGAAAGUACUGGCACUGGCUCUAGAAGCCUGCAGUUUUCAUGAUUACCAGCAGAGGGAGCUGCAAAGGCAGAGUGCCUUCCUAUUUGUUGCUUUUUAAAGUUGUGGGAAGUGGUAGAGUGAGUGUUCUGCUGGUGCUGCUUUGUGGUCUUUGGCCUAGACUGCAGCUCUCAGAAUUGGAAGGAGAGACCAAAGCUAGAAACCAGGUCUCUUCCUGAGAUCAGCCCACCAUUACACAGAGCCUCCCCUGUAGUACAAGCCACUGUGGAGCCAGAUUCCUCUGCCUCAGCCUCACAGUGGAUGCUCAGGAUUCGACUUUAUGGACUGGGGGUGUAGGAGCAUUUACAUAGCUUUUGUGAAUCCCUGGAUUCAACCCCUAGCUCUGCCAAAAAUAAAGGAUUGGGCUUUAAGGCAAACCACAGUGUGAACCUAGCCUCUCUUGGCCCCCGCCUGAACAUAGCAGAAACAGGCAUAAUUCCCCCUGUUGCCCCCACUGGAUAAUUUCUCGUUAUACCUAGCCUCUUAUUGGAAUUUAGUUUUUCACUGCACCUCAUCCAUUCUUUUUUUUUUCCACCUCACCCAGGACCAUGGUGAGGUGGGAGUGGACAGGGUUCUCAGCUCAAGGGGCAUAGGAUUAGGGUGUGGGUCCCAUGCAAAAGUGUCCAAGUUCUUGCUUUACAUAAUGUCCUGUGACCACUACAGGACAUGGUAUGGUAUCCCUACCACAAGAGGUGACUGGGAGACUGAGAAGUUAGAUAUAAAAUAUACCUUAAUCAUCAUUUGUUGGACAACUAUCCUCAAGGUCAUCCUAAUAGAGCUUGAUUGUUUUUCUCAAACUGGAAGGUUGACAGGAGCUUACAGUAUUCAGAGGCUGUGGUUAAUUUACUCUGCUAACUAGAAGCAUUCUAGAAGGGAGAUAGAUCGGAGACCAGAGGUGUAUCACCUUGGGGUCUGGGGACAGAGGAGGCAGAUGGUUUUUCUGUUCUGGAAUGAGACUCUGCAACUUUACCAAGGUGCCCAACAUUCAGAGCACGGAACAUUAGCAUCUCCAUUCUGAACCUCUUACCCUACCAGUUAGUUUCUAGGCCUUCAGGUUUCUAUGGAGGGGAAGAGCAGAUGUGGACAAUAUAGAGAAAGACUUUGUGAUAGUGGUGGAGACUUAGUGAGGGCACAAGGUAGCUGUGGAAGCCAGGUAUGGAUCCAUAUUUCUGUGGGAGGCUUGGUUAGGAGAGAUUUACCUGGGCUUUUGGCAGCUGCUGGGAGGUGGCAGGACCCCAAAAUCACACCCUCUGCGUAAGUUGUUGCUGUAAUCAACACUGGGGCACUUGGCUGCAAUUCUCCCUGGAAGGGAUAUUCCGCAGCUGAACAACUCUGUGUAGGAAUUACGUGUGGAGAAAGCUGCAGGGAUAUGGAGCAGGAGACAACUCAAGGGCCACAGACCAAAAUACCACCAGUAAAGGCUCCAAGUUGCUCAGAGCCAAAUAGCCUUAAUUCAGAGUGCUGGAUGUUAUUAUGCAGUUGACUGUCCCCUAUGGAGAGGGGUGCAUCUAGGCUUCCCUCACAGACAGGAAUGGUUCCAUCUGGUAUUUACACAGUGCUCUACAGACCUCUUGGCUUGUACUUAUACACCCUUGUACGUUUAAUAAGAAUAAAUGCAGUCAUGCUAGUUGA